AUGGACAGACAAACGAAAGGGUUUGUUUUGGUAGUUGGCGAUGGCGAUUUCUCCUUAUCUGUGUCGUUUUCGGAACGGAGAAACCUCACUUGUGACCAGUUUGUGUCGACUUCAUUAGAAACAGAAGAGACCAUCUUAAAACAUAAACUUGCUGUCGACAACAUUCGCUUUCUGAAAAGUAAAGGAGUGAAAGUUUAUUUUGAAGUUGAUGCCAGAGAAUUACAUUCUGAUUCAUUGUUUGAAGACAGGAAAUUCUCCAGAAUUAUAUUUAACUUUCCACAUUCUGGUGGAAAAUCUAAUCAUAAAAGGAACAGGGCAUUACUGAAUGAUUUCUUUAGCAGUGCUUCCCAGAUUUUGGAAGAUGAUGGUCAAAUAAUGGUGACCUUGUGUAGAGGUCAAGGUGGGACUCCUGCAGAUAAACCAAGAAGAGAAUGGCAUGACAGUUGGCAAAUAGUUUCCAUGGCAACCAAUUCUAAUCUAACUCUAAGAGAAGUUAUACCUUUUGAUGUCAAUGAUUAUACCAGCUACAAUAGUACAGGAUUUCGAAGUCAAGAUAAAGGGUUUAACACAGAAGGGGCAAUAACUCAUGUUUUUGAGUUAAGUGAUCAAGUGCCUGUACCUGCAAUGGUGAAUAAUUACACUAUUAAAAUAGAGGAACAACAUUAUACUUGUCCACCAUACCUUCAACACAAAUUAAACAGAAAUCUUGUUGAAGAUAAAAGUCAUCCCAUAGCUCUAGUACUGAACAGCUUUGUUGAAGAAUUUAAGAAGAAAGUAGACAUUCCUGUGGAGAAAUUAGAACUACCAUGGUACAUUUGUGUAGUCUCUGCUGAUACAUCUAAAUCUUAUCUUUUACAACAAGUUCCAGCUCAGACAGAGGAAAAAGAAAUUGAUACUCAAGAAUCUGAUGGCAUAGAUGAGAACAAGGACUUUGAAUCAGAAAAAUUGUUCGAUCAGAAUUUCAAUAAUGCUAAUGGUCAUAUUUCUAAUGGUCAUUCAAAUGAUCAACUGAAAAUUCGGACGUCACUGAUGGAGCAGUUAGGUGAUCUAUCAUCUUUGUCUGUAUGUGAAUCAAAAUGUUACUAUAGUGCAGGUAUAACAGCUCGACCCUGUUUAAUAAACCUGAACAGUAUUCCAGUUCAACAUGAAUUUCUGGUAGUUUGUCCUAUUGUGUCUUCAAUUUCUUUUGACUCUUUUUCCCAAAAUGUGCUAGAAACUUUGGGUACCUUGAGUACAUUGGAUCUUGAAAUUUGUGACACCGCCAAUCAAUGUGCAGAGGUCAUUAUGAAAGGGAAAGUAACACCUGUGAAAAUUGGGUCUAUUCUAUUAUCCAAUGAUUGUUAUACAUUAUUACUUUAUCUGGAUAAAUUAACUCAAAUAGUUUUUGGUAUUGACCAAAUCAGACUCCUAUGGUCUAAGGAUCAACGUUUUUCUACACAAUUUGAAGAUGUUUCAAAAUGGCCGAUUGAAUUUAAACCAUUUUAUUUGUACCCUAUGAAAUUUGUUCAUGAUUUAAGUUUAUGGGAGAAAGAAAGUGAAGAAUUUGAUGAGUUAAGAAUGUGUAAUAUUAUCAGGAAUAUAACUGGAGAUUGUGUUGAGAAUGUGACAUUAUUAGAUAGAUUUCAGGACUUGACUACCUCUAAAUGGAGUCGCUGUUAUCGUUUUACUUACAUCUCACAUGACCAGGCUUUAUCUUACAUCACUUCUUGGAAAUUACAAAGUUUGUUAAGAUUACAGUUAGCAAAGACAUUAGGUAUAACAUUACGUUGA